UCCUCUUCCUCCUCCUCCUCCUCCUGCCGCAACAUGGCGGCGCCCGGCAGCUGCGGCCCGCUCCGCCUGCGGCUGCUGUUCGACCACCCUCCGCCGGGCAGCCCGGGCUGCGCGCUGUGCUGGCUGCUGCUCGAGCCCGACCAGGCGCGGCUCGUCACCGACCUGCUCAGCAUCAUCCGCCACAGGUUCGGCUUCAGCCGCCGGGCCCGCCUCAGCCUCUUCUUGGACGGGGCGCUGCUGCCGCCCACCGAGAGCGCCCGCCUGGUGCGGGACAACGACGCGCUGAGAGUGAAGCUGGAAGGGAUACUCGCAGACAGUGAUGAUGAAGAGGUGGAUGAUGAGUUCUCCUACACGCCAAACAAAAGCAAAAAAAGGCACAAACGAAAGCAGAAAGAGGAGGAAUUGUCUAGGAGUGAAGAUGACAGGUGUAAAAAGGAAAAGAAGAAGAAGAAACGGAGCCCCGAGUAUUCCUCUUGUAGAGAAGAGGCCUCUCUAGAUAUUUUGGACUCUCAAAAGAAACACAAGAAACGAAAAAGAAUGGAAGAAGUUAGUGGGAGUAGACUUACAGAAGGUAAGGAAGAGAGCCCUACUGACCGAUCUAAAAAGCUUAAAAAAGCAGAGAGGGAGAAACAGUUGGCAACAAAAACAAAGGAUGAAAAGCACACAAAGGUCGCUGCAGCAAAAGCAGCUUUAGAACGGAAAAAUGACAGCUUUUCUUUAAAUUCUGGUAAAAAUAACACCAAAAAAUUGACAACAGAGACCAGGAAAAAGAGGGUGGGAACUUCAGAUUCCUCCAGCACGUCAUCUGACAGCGACAGCAGUGAAUUAAAUAUAAAGCAAAAUAAAUCUUCCCAUAAACCUGCAGUGGCAACGCUUCCCAGAGACAAAUCCCAAGCUGCUACAAACUCUGAGGUGAAAACUGCUGUUUCUAAUAAAGUGACUGUAAAAUCUAAAGCUGAAAAUUCCACUAAGACUGCAGUUAGUAAGACUGCUAAAAAAUCCCAGUCCUCUAGUGAGGAUUCUGACUCAAGUACAGAGGAUGAGAAAGUGGCACCAGCACAAGACAAUACCACAAAGGAAAAGUCAUUGCCUAACAAUGUAGCAGCUGUAAAAGCCGGUACCAGUAGUGCUCUCAAAGCAAAGACUUCCUCUUCAGAAUCUGACAGUUCAGAUUCAGAAACACUUGUUAUUAAAAAACCCACAGCAAAUGCUGGAAUGAGUAAUUCCAUAGUAAGAAACAGUAGUAAACUGUUGCCAGCCAGUAUUCAAGGACCGGUCGCCAGCCCAGGUCGUGGAAGGGGGCGUGGAACAGGAGAGGAUAACUUCUGGAGAGGACCUAGGGGCCGUGGGUUUCGUGGGAUGAUGAGGGGCCGAGGUCGUGGGAGAGGAGAAAACCCUGGCUUCUUCUAUAACUACAGCAGUGAAGGCCAGAAACAGAGGCAGAUAAAUGAAGCUGUGACAAAUACUUCUUUUCUUGUCCAGAAUGCCGUGGAGGUCCCCAAGAGAGACUAUAGUGUAUUACCUCUUCUAGCUGCCCCACCACAAGUGGGAGAAAGAAUUGCCUUUAAGCGCUUGGAACUAACUGAAAAUUACAGUCCUGAAAUUUCAGACUAUAAGGAGGGGAAAAUAAUCAGUUGGAAUGCUGAUAAAAAACAGAUCGAGCUUGAGAUCCUAUCGUCUUCAACAAGCCAACCUGCUAAAGAGCCAGGGAAAUUUGAUCUGGUUUACCAGUCUGCAGAUGGAGCUGAGCUGAUAGAGUAUGCUGUUCCUCAUGAUACAAAGAUAACUGAAAGUUGGGAUGCGCUGAUAGAACCAAGACUGAUUGUUGAGACUCAAGUUAAUGGAUCAGGCAUUGAAAACGGAGUAAUCUAAGAUGUGAAUACAUGUAAAUAAUCGUAUGGACUUGUUUUGUGAAAUACUGCCUUCGAAUUCUGAGGGCAGCAGAUGCACUGGUGAAUAUUUUUAAUAAAUGGUUUUGAAAUGAAAUUGAUACCAAAAGAAAACACUUUUUCUUAGGAUAUGUUUUUUAUGUAAUACAAGAAUGCUUUGUUUAUUAUAGGAAAUCUUUAAUAUAGAUUUGAUUUUUUUUAAAUAGAAUCUUAGCCACGCUUUUCAUAUCUCACCAGUGUGAGCUGUAAAACUGGAACAGUUUGAUCAAAAAUAUAAAAUAUGACCUUGUACUGUCAGUAGCUCCAUUUAAAUGUCUUGUUUUGUCUAGAGCAGUAUAACUGCCAUACAAUGGCAGCUUGCUGUAAGGAUAAUUAAAGACCAGCAUUUAAAAGUCAAAUAGUAUUGAUACACAUGACUCUUCCUGUACGGCUGCAGAGCACGAUACAAAUGCCAUGGCUUUGCAGUUGUGUACAGGGUUCACUUGAAUGUGUCAAGAAAAAUGUACAGACUUUAAGCUUCUGUAAUUUUGAAAGGCAGAUAAAUACUAUUUGUAACUGAGAAUUUUGUCUGGAACCAGUGGAGUAUUUCAGAAAUCCUAGACAAAAAUGUGUCCCUGUGUGUUAAUCUGUGUACACUCUGAAAACCUUUUUCAGCAAACCCUUUUGCCGUUUCAGUGCUGAAGUGUCUGUACUGACUUUUUUGUUUCCUUUCUAAUCAUAGAACGGGUCAUCAUAUGGUAGUGGUGCACUUACUGACAUCUCUGCUAAAUACCAGUGUUAGAACCUUGUGCCCCUAAGGUGUUGUACUUGCAUCUUGGCAAAUCUUAAAAUUUAAGACUCUCCAACUCAGAUAGUUGACUCUUAAGCAGAAGACAUUUAGAAAAGACAGACCUGGGUACAACAAACACCUGAAAAGCUGCAUGUCAUGGUUUAGCUAGUAUAUAUUCUGACUAAUGCAUGACUACAUUAAAAUAUUGCACACCUUUGUGUUAUUCCUAUUAAAAUGUCUCCGCUGUGAAGAAAUGCUUUUAUCAGUAAAAUUAAUUUGUGUUGCA